ACCUUACAAAGAAGAUCCUCGGUCCAGCCUCGAGAUGGGUGACGUUUGUGACAUAGAUUAUAUAGCCUGGCCGCCCUGCCCUCUCCGCACGCAUACACCAUCGCAUUCCUCACUGUUUAUGCCUUGAGUAUACACGCAAUUGCAUAGUACACAAAGAUCAUACAGUGUUUCAAACCACAAUGGCAGCCAGCACUGACUCUAUCCUCCGCGAGGUUAACAUCCUCGGCGAGUUGAACGACUCCAACCGUCACAUUCUCAGCAAGGAUGCUGCUGUCUUCCUUGCCCUCCUCCACCGCACAUUCAACAACCGCCGAAAGGAGCUCCUGCAAAGGAGAGUAAUCCGUCAGGCUGAGCUUGACAAGGGAAACCUCCUUGACUUCCUUCCCGAGACCAAGCACAUCCGCGAGAACGACACAUGGAGGGGCGCACCACCAGCUCCCGGUCUUGUCGAUCGCCGGGUAGAGAUCACUGGACCAACAGACCGUAAGAUGGUCGUCAACGCAUUGAACUCUGAUGUCUGGACAUACAUGGCAGAUUUCGAGGAUUCCAGCGCACCAACAUGGGACAACAUGAUCAAUGGCCAGGCCAACCUCUACGACGCUAUUCGCCGCCAGGUCGAUUUCAAGCAGGGCGAGAAGGAGUACAAGCUCCGCACCGACCGCACACUCCCCACACUCAUUGCCCGUGCCCGUGGGUGGCACCUCGAGGAGAAGCACUUCACUGUUGAUGGCGAGCCCAUCUCCGGUGGUCUCUUCGACUUCGGUCUGUACUUCUUCAACAACGCACACGAGCUCGUCAAACGCGGAUUCGGCCCAUACUUCUACCUGCCCAAGAUGGAGUCGCAUCUUGAGGCCAGGCUCUGGAACGAUGUUUUCAACCUUGCUCAGGACUACAUUGGCAUGCGCCGUGGAACCAUCCGUGGUACCGUCUUGAUUGAGACCAUCCCUGCUGCCUUUGAGAUGGACGAGAUCAUCUACGAGCUCCGUGACCACUCCUCCGGCCUGAACUGCGGUCGCUGGGACUACAUCUUCAAUACCAUCAAGCGCUUCCGCCAGAACCCCAACUUCAUCCUUCCCGACCGCGAUGCCGUUACCAUGACCUCUCCCUUUAUGGACGCCUAUGUCAAGCUUCUCAUCAAGACUUGCCACAAGCGAGGCGUCCACGCCAUGGGUGGUAUGGCCGCUCAGAUCCCUAUCAAAAACGACCAGAAGGCCAACGACGCCGCCAUGGCCAAGGUCAAGUCCGACAAGCUCCGCGAGGUGCGCGCCGGCCACGACGGUACCUGGGUUGCUCACCCUGCGCUCGCCAAGAUCGCCUCCGACAUCUUCAACGAGCAUAUGCCCACACCCAACCAGAUGCACGUCCGCCGCGAGGACGUCAACAUCUCCGCCAAUGACCUGCUCAACAUGAACGUGCCCGGAAAGAUCACCGAGGCCGGUAUCCGCCAGAACCUCGACAUCGGUCUUAGCUACAUGGAGGCCUGGGUCCGUGGUGUCGGAUGUGUGCCCAUCAACUUCCUUAUGGAGGAUGCUGCUACCGCCGAGGUAUCGAGGUCUCAGCUGUGGCAGUGGACAAAGCAUGGCGUCAAGACCGCCGAGGGCCAGACCGUCACCAAGGACUACGCGCUGAAGCUGCUGAAGGAGCAGACUGACAAGCUGAGCGAGAAGGCACCAAAGGGCAAUAAGUUCCAGCUGGCGGCUAAGUACUUCGAGGGCCAGGUCACCGGCGAGGACUACGCUGAGUUCCUUACAUCGUAAGUCUAACACCAGUCAUCGUAGUCCAGAGAGACGUACGCUAACAUACACUAGGCUGCUGUACAACGAGAU